CACUCAAUUUCUCUCUUUCUCUCUCUAAGUUAUCAUCACUCUUCCAUCUUCCAUUUCUAUUCCUUAGCUAUCUCUCUCACUCAAUUUCUCCCUUUCUCUCUCAUCACAAAGAAUGGAAGGAGAAGCUGCUGCUGCCGUCCUUCAAACUCUAGUUCAAAACCUCAUCGACCUCUCCAAGAAAGAGAUCUCUCAGAUCCGAGGUCUCCGCAAAGAUGCAGAAAAGCUAACUAAGAGUCUCAAAACCAUCCAGAAAUUCUUGAACGACGCGGAGACGCGUGACAUCACCAGCGGAGCUGUGAAGGACUGGCUGAAGAAGCUUGAAGACGUGGCGUUCGAUGCUGACAAUGUUUUGGAUGAAGUCAACUAUCAUAUUCUCUCCAAACAAAUAAAGGCCACCAAACCCAUGAAGGCGAAGGUACUAUCACCCUUCUCAUCAUCCUUCAAUUCUAUUGCGCGUCCGAGAAAAAUGGCUGUUAGAAUCCAAGAAAUCAAUGAGAAGUUGGCAUCCAUUAACGAAGAAGCCACCGCGCUUGGCCUAAGAGAGAAGCUUGACAAUGAGCCUGCUUUGGUUAUUGCUGCUUUGGAAACUGAUUCAUACACUCUUGAUCCAAUUUUUAUUGGAAGAGAUGAUGUUGAGUCGGAAAUAGUUGAGAUGAUUACCAGUAGCAUCACAACUGAACAAGCAGUUUUCAUCCUUCCCAUUGUCGGGAUGGGGGGAUUGGGGAAGACGACAUUGACUAGGAAAGUUUUCAAUCAUGUAAAGAUGGAGGGUCGAUUUGGAUCGCGUAUUUGGGUGGAUGUUUCUCUUGAUUUUGAUCCAAUCAUUCUUUUCAAGAAAAUUCUCAAAGAGUUGACUUAUUUUGAUCAAGUUGAGAGUAAGCAAGAUAUUCUUUCAAAGCUUAAAGAAGCUUUGAAAGAUAAAACUUAUCUUCUUGUUCUCGAUGAUGUAUGGAAUCAAGAUAGUUUGAAAUGGGAAGAUUUUAUGAAUUCUUUGUUGGGAGUUAGUUGUGACAAAGGAAACGCCAUUGUUAUUACUACCAGAAUUAUGGAGGUGGCUUCAAUUAUGAAUACAAUUCAUAUACAUGAGUUGAAAGGCUUAUUGGAGGAAGAGUGUUGGUCAAUAAUCAGAGAAAAAGCCUUCGGAAAAAAAGAUGUUCCAUCACAAUUUGAGGCCAUUGGGAGAAAGAUUGCAAGAAGGUGUCAAGGUUUGCCAUUAGCUGCCAACAUAGUUGGGGGAGUGCUGCACGAUAAAUCUGAGGAUAAAUGGCGUUCAAUCGAGGAGAAAUGGCUUUCACCAAAUGAAGGCGGAGAUAAUAUCACAGAAAUAUUAAGAUUGAGCUUUGAUAAUUUGUCUCCGCCAUUCCUUAAGAAGUGCUUCGCAUACUGUGCGAUGUUUCCUAAAGGCUCCGAAAUCAUCAAACAGGAACUGAUUGAGAUGUGGAUGGCAGAAGGUUUUCUUCAAGCUGAUGGAAGGGAUGACAUGGAGUCCAUGGGCGAACUAUUUAUCAACAUUCUUCUGCACAACUCUUUACUGCAAGUUUUAUGGGGAGAUUAUUACGGCAUGCAUGAUCUUGUGCACGAUUUCGCUUGUUUUGUUUCAGGUGGUAGCAGCCGAGUUCGGUACAUGACUCUCGGAGACAACUAUUGUGGAGAGGAAUCAAGUGGUAUCCCAAAAGAAAUGGCAAAAUCUUUGCGUACAUUACUAAUAACAUCGGAAGCUGAUAUUUCUGAUAUCAACUUCUCAGACUUGGAAAGUUUGCAUGUUUUACGUCUUGACUCUGAAGUUAAAGAGCUGCCAAGUUCGAUUCAAAAGUUGAUACAUUUGAGAGAUUUUGACAUUUCAAAUACAAGAAUUGAAGUUUUGCCGGAUUGGAUUGGUGAAUUCUUUCACUUGCAGACGUUGAGAGUAGACUCAUCAGAUUUCAGAAUUAGGAGAAAACUGCCAAGUACGAUUAAGUACUUGAUUAACUUGAGGCAUCUUUAUAUUGACUGGAGGGUAGAGUUGCCUAUGGGAAUUGGGAGAUUAACUUCUCUCCAAACGCUAACCCACUUUCCAGUGGGCGACGAGAAUGGCUGCAAAAUUGAAGAGCUCGGAAGUUUAAUUAAUCUUAAAGGGGAGGUACAGAUUCAGAAUCUAGAAAGGGUUCAUGACAAGGAAGAGGCUGGGAAAGCCGAUUUAAUCAAAAAGUCAAAAAUAUUGAACUUGUGUUUGAACUGGAAUACAUAUGGCACAAGAGAAGGUGAAACAAAUGAUGAGGAUGUAUUGGAAGGCCUUCAACCUCACUCAGAUCUGAGGGAGUUAGAGAUUUGGGGAUUCAAUGGCAGGAGGUUUCCAUUAUGGACUCAGAAGAUGUCAGUUCGAGAUGCGCCUCAAGGCUCUUGGGUGCUACUUAACAACUUAAUGUCGUUAUCACUUUCAUAUUGCGGAGAAUGUGAAGAGAUCCCAAUGUUGGGGCACUUACCCAAUCUCAAGUCCCUUUGGUUGGAUGGAUUGUUCAAUUUGAAGUGUAUAAAUUCUUCAUUCUACGGAAUGGUGAACAAGGACACACGCAUUGUUUUUCCAGCUCUUGAGAGGUUCGAAUUGUCAUUCAUGGAUAAGCUGGCAGAGUGGGCAGAAAUAGAAAUUUCAGAUGAAAGUGAAGUGAAGCUAUUUCCUCGCCUCAAAUAUUUGAAAAUUGAGUAUUGCUAUCGAUUGAAGAGUGUUCCGAGUUUGGGGCAGUUGCCCAAUCUCAUGACCCUUGAGUUGGCAGCAUUGUACAAUUUGAAGUGUAUAAAUUCAUCAUUCUACGGAAUGGUGAACAAAGACACACACAUUGUUUUUCCAGCUCUCGAGAAGUUCAAAUUGCAUCACAUGCCUAAGCUGGCAGAGUGGGCAGAAAUAGAAAUUUCGGAUGUAAGUGAAGUGAAGCUAUUUCCUCGCCUCCAACAUUUGCAAAUUAUUGAUUGCCCGCAAUUGAUGAGUGUUCCAAGUCAUGUCUCGUCAUGCCUUAAAAGUAUGGCGAUUGAUAAGAUCGGUGUGGAAUGUCUGCCAGCUGAUUGGAUAUUCAGUAACAACCAGACUCUCUCUUAUUUGGUUAUAAGAGAGUGCCCCAAUUUGAGAGAAAUAUCAGAUAGGUGGGGAGAAGAAGAAUCACAAGGAAGAAGCUUCACAAUCACAUCCCUCCCUAAAUUCCCUCGUCUAACACAUUUGACAAUUGUAGGCGUUCCUAAGUUAAGUUUGGAGACUGUGGAUGCAAUGCGGCGCCUCCAAAUUCAUGGCAACAAACACAUUAACCCUGACGGCGUUCCUAAGUUACGUUUGUCAAGUUUGGAGACUACGGCGCGCCUCACAAUUGAUGAGUGUGAUCAGUGGUCAAGCUCGACAGAAGUCGAGUUGCAGAAGGAAAAUGUUGCCGCCACUCCUGUAGAAAAUCAAGGAAGCGAACCACCAUCCACUUCAGAUAGUACUCCGGUGCCUGAUGCGGUGGUUCCAAAGACUUUCCCAGUCGACUCAAGCUCUUCUUCCCUUUCAAUCGAAAUCAAAGAUAGUGAAGCAAAGAUUUCUGUGAAGCACCAGAGAGAAAUUCAGGAAGUGGAUGAACCUACUUCUUCAUCAAAUGCAAAAAGAAGUAUGCAUCACCAGGAGAGCAUUGCAAGCCCUAUUUAUUUUCAAGAGGAGGGACAUUAUUUGGUUGUUCUAAAGGAUAAGCAUCUGCGGCUAGAAUUGAUCAAUAACCAGAGUUUCUUGAUUGGUGAUUCUCCAUCUGCGGUGAAGCCGAUGCUAAGUUUGGUAGAGAAAGACUUGCACGAGCUACCUGAGAAGCCAAACUACCCGAAUUCGUUGAUUUUACUCCUACAGAGAAACAAGCGUCUAAGCCUCAUUCAUCGAUCAUUCUUCGACACCAUGCCAGAUUUGAGUUUUCUGGACAUGUCCGACACCAAAAUCAGGAACUUACCUAGUUCGCUCUUCGAGCUCUCGAAGCUUAAAGUGUUGCUGUUGAGAAAUUGUAUUUGUCUCGAAGAGCUCCCCCAUGAAAUAGGAAAACUCAGGCGUAUGGAGGCGUUGGAUCUUUCGGGUACUGAACUUUAUGAACUUCCCGAUGAAAUCAGUGAGCUUACACUUAUGAGGAGCUUGCAGCUGUCUUUUUAUGGACCUGAUGAUGAAAGUGAAUACGAUGAUUUGCCAUCUCGAUUGGUUUCUCCCAGUUUUUUAUCAGAGCUCAAAGGAAUAGAAGCACUAAGCGUUAGCGUGCACCCUGAAGAUCAACGAUGGACAAAAACGGUUGCAGACAUGAUAAAGGAUGUCAGCAGAUUGGAGAGGUUGAGUUAUCUUCACUUCUACUUUCCUCAAGUAGAAACGUUUGAGAGUUUCAUUCAAACGAGCCCUGCGUGGAAGAAGCAGAGCUUAAGGAAGUUUGAAUUGACUGUCGGCCAAAAUGUGAAGCGAAUUGCCUCCCGAGUCCCAGAUGAAGUGGAAUCUUUGUUCAGUCGAGAAGAGAGAUGCUUGAGGUAUGUUAAUGGCGAUAAGGUAUUGCCAUUGAUUAAAUCCGCACUCACUCAUGUCACGUCAUUCUACUUGGAUCAUCACACUGAAACCAGAAGCUUGUCUGAAUUCGAUAAUUCUAACUUUGAUGGAUUGAAAUUCUGUCUCGUGAGAGAGUGUCCGAAAAUGCAGGCGAUUUUGGACGAGGAAAAUGCAGGAAGUGCAUUUCCAUGUCUAGAAUAUUUGGGAAUCUACUUCCUGUGGGAGCUGAAGCAAGUUUGGAAGCCGGCCCCACAAGCGGGGCGAGUGAAGAGAAUCUUUAAGACGCCUACGCCUUUGAGAAGCUUUGAAGCUCUUAGGUUUCUCAUUAUCAGCACAUGUCCUAAGCUAUGCUUUAUACUUCGGGAAUCCAUGCUUCAGUGUUUUGCCAAGCUAGAGGAGCUUAUUGUUGAAGACUGCGAACGCGUGGAGGAGAUAAUCAAAAAGGAAAACGAGAAGGUGAAGUACGAAAACAACGCUCUUCCCAGUUUAAGGAAGCUCGAGCUUCGCUAUCUGCCCGAGCUGGUUGGUCUUGGCUGUGGUAUUCGUUUGUCCAAAGAAGAAAUCAGUGUUUAUGGUUGUCCUAAGUUGAUUCCUAACUCUUAGCUUGUGAUGUAGUUUUUUGGUUCCUGAUACUUAUUAUUGUUGAUUUUCAAUGUAUCUGUAUAUGCAAGUUUUUAUCGA